AUGGCGCGUUGUAUUUGGGCCUUGUCAGAUUCAGAGGUGGUGCAGUGUAUGGGAGAUAAUCAGGAGCCGGGUGCCAAGAACUUUCUCUUCGACAUGCAGGAGUCGUUGAGCCAUGACCAGUUUACAACUAUGGUUGUUACCCUAUGGUCUAUCUGGUACACAAGACGGAAAGCAGUCUAUGAAGCUAUUUUUCAGAGCCCAAGUCAAACAAAUUCAUUAAUUAACUCAUAUUUGAUGGAUUUGCGAGGACUGCAUAAAUCAGCAACAAGCAGGGUUCCUGAUGCGAGCUCGGGUCCUAGGGUGGCAGAAGUCCAGAGGUGGCUGCCUCCGAUGGGGGCCAAAGCAAAGAUCAAUGUCGACGGAGCUGUAGGUCGGCAUGGCCAUUGUGGAGUGGCAGCAGCAGUAUGCAGGGAUAGCACCGGGCUUUACCUGGGCUCUUCUCUUGUUGUGUAUGCAGGUAUUAUUGACCCGACUCUUCUCGAAGCAUUUGCGUGUAGAGAAACUCUUGCACUUGCAGAGGACCUGGGAAUUCAGAUGAUGCACGUUGCUUCAGAUUGUGAGAAAGUGGUGAAGGACAUUAAGCAAAGGUCGGGAGGAUAUCAUGGUGCCAUCAUCCAGGAAAUAAUUGCUAGGAAAAAUGAUAUGAUUUCAUGUGAUGUCCAUUCAGGGAAGUCGGCUUCAGAUCAUACAACUAAUAAAGGGGCUGGAUUGGAAAGCUUGGAUAAACAUCAGCUGUUACACAGUUUAGUUGACGGCGCUUCUCGGAAAGGAAGGCACAAAGUUAUUUUACCGUUGCGAUCUGGUGCUAUGUGGCAGACUCUUCGGUUUGCAAGCACUAAUGCAGCUAGAAGACCCGAGUUUGACAGUGGCAAUGAACAGGAGGACGAUCAAGACAGACAUCAAGAGAAAGACGUAUCAAUGGAAGACUCUGUGGACUCUGCAGUAGAGCUAGGUCCUGCCAAAGCCAAACCCGAAAUGAAUAAUCAAGAACAGUCGUCUGUGAAACAGAAGUUCUGGGCAAGUGUUCCUGAAGUACUACUUGUUCUUAGUGCUGAUUGGACUGGACUCUUUAAUUUCAGUCACAAGAAGGACGAGUUCUUUUCAGCCUUGCAGCACUACUGGCUUGGCUUGCGACUGCUGUGGCUAGAUGUUAGGAUUUCGUCCAGAUUACUGCUGAAGCUAGCCAAUGGGAAAAGACUCUCUAGAAGAGAGAGAAGCCAGCUGACCCGCACAACUGCAGACAUAUUCAAGCUGGUCCCCUUUUCGGUUUUUGUCGUAGUCCCAUUCAUGGAACUUUUGUUGCCUGUGUUUCUAAGGCUGUUCCCAAACAUACAACCUUCAACAUUCAAGGACAGGAUGAAAGAACAGGAGGCACUAAAAAGGAAGCUCAAUGCAAGGAUGGAAUAUGCCAAGUUUCUACAGGACAUCGUGAAGGAAAUGGCGAAAGAAGUGAAGUUUACACGUAAUGGAGAGAAUAAGCAAAGGGCAGAGGAUAUUGAGCAGUUCAUUAAGAAAGUAAGGACUGGUUCAUAUGUUGAUAAUGGUGAAAUAUUGGGUUUUGCGAAGUUAUUCAGUGAUGAACUAACCUUGGAUAAUAUGAGCAGGCCACGUUUAGUAAAUAUGUGCAAGUAUAUGGGGAUCCAGCCAUAUGGGACAAACAAUUAUUUGCGCUUCAUGCUCAGAAGAAAACUGAAAUGUAUAAAAGAUGACGAUAUAUUAAUACAGAGAGAAGGUGUAGCCUCUCUCAGUGAAGAUGAACUCCGUCAGGCCUGCAGGGAGAGAGGCCACCUUGGUUUGCUUCCAGUAGAAGAGAUGCGUGAAGAGCUGCAAGAUUGGUUGGACCUGUCUCUCCACUGUGACGUGCCAUCUUCUCUCCUUAUACUAUCUAGAGCCUUCACAUUUUCUGGCAAGAUGAAGCCUGAGGAUGUUGCAGCUACACUAUCAUCCCUUCCUGACAACAUAUUCGGUAGUGUGGGUCUUAGCUUGCCAUCUGAAGAUGCUCUUUCAGCUAGGAAGAGGAAGUUGGAGUUCUUGAAAAUGCAAGAUAAACUUAUCAAGGAAGAAGAAAACGAAGAAGAGGACAUGGGGAAGUUGGAAGACAAAGAUAAGGCGUGCAAUAAAUUCAGUGUCAAGGAAGCUGGUGAUCUGGCAAGAAAGAGAAUGUUAGAGAAACAGGAAGAGCUUUGCAAAGUUAGUCAGGCAUUAGCUCUUUUGUCUUCUGCAUCGUCAACUAGCAAGGAACGUCAAGAAUUCCUAAGCCUUGUGCACAGAGAGAUAGAACUGUACAACUCAAUACGUGAAGGUUCUACGACAGAGGAUGCCAAUGAGGCAUACGUAGCUGCGAAGGGGAGUAAAUCCGCUAGAAGUUCAGUAUCAUCGGCACUCAUGAGGAAGAUAAAUGCCAUGCUCAAGGAACUGAAAACGGAGAUAGAUGAUGUAGACACGGCCAUUGGUGAUGGCUGGCAGCUUCUGGACAGGGACCGGUAAUGUCACGUCGGAGGAGGUGGCGGCCGCGGCCGCGUACCUGAAGCACAACUUGGACAGUUCAGGCAUCGAGGAGCUCAUCGGGAGCCUCUCCAAAGAUAAAGACGGGAAGAUCCUGGUUGAGGACAUCGUCAAGCUUGGCACACAAGCUGAGGAAGCGGAACCCGACGACGAAUGAACCUAUUUUUUUGGUGAGAACGCCUGCCUCCGUGGCCCGUCGACCGAAGGAAAUGUGUGUAUGUAAUCUUCCUUCUGAAGCUUUUGACACGUGAAAGCCCUGUGACCCUCUCUUCUUCCGUUCUGUCUUUUUUGGAAUGUUGGGAACCCUCUGUUUUCUCCACUCGCCGGCAAGCAAGCGGUUCGCCUCGGCGUCUGCACAUAACCCGCCCGUCGCUGUCGCUGCGUGUGUCGCGGGUGAUGGCAGCCGCGCCGUGCCGUGCGUGUGAUUCGAUUCAACUCGCCGCCGAAACGGCUGCCUGGUUCGCCGCCCGCUGGAAUCCUCUGGCUCCGGAACGGGACAAGGGGGGAGGGUCCCCGUCCUGCGCGGAAGAUACAAAAGGAGACGUACGUAUGUCCGGGAUCUCCACAGGGACAAAUGAUCCGAGGGCGGUUUAUUCAUCGGUAGCUGUUCAUCCGCCGUGCACGCACGCACGCACGGGCGGACGAGGGGCGGCGAGCUGGGCCGAGCCAGGCCACACCUUUCUCUUUUCUCUCCCUCCCACUUGGACAAACAAGUAGGCCUCCGUAUCCAUACCCGCGGGGCGCGGGGCGCGGGGCCACCGCCACACGGGCGGACGGCACCGGCCGGCCCACCUUCCAGGUCUGCUUUUCCGGAGGCAGUGGGCACGUAGUACACACAAAUGUGCUACAUACACUGGGGCCACCGCGCAGUGAGAAAGUGUGCGUCGUCCGUUCUGCGGGCGGCGCCGGCGUGUGGCCACGUGGCGCGAUCCUACUGGCCCGGGCGGCGCGUCCUUUCCACGUGAGGACAUAUGUGUGAGUCACCUCCGUCCUACCUUUUGCCCUCUCGUCGCUUCACAGCCGUGGCGGGCACCGAAGACGCACCUGCCUCGUGGCAGUGACAUGCGGGGCCGGGCCUUCUGUGGGGGACUCGUGUCAGCCACACACAGCACGUGGCCCCCUCCCCCCAGCCUGCGUGGGCGUGUGGCCAAGCAGGAAGGUAGCCAAGCAGGCUUCAAAAGCUUUCGAGAGUGGAGACUGAAGGGACGGUGGUGGUGCUGCAGCCCAGCUUCUUUCUCUUCCCGUCGUCGCUUUUACAGAGACUCCGGCGACUCCGACCACUCGAGCACGAU